AUGAGUACGACGGCCACAGUUGCAUUUGCAGGAUCCGAGAUGGAUACAGCCACCAACAUCACACAUGCUAGCCCAGCGAAGUCGAGAAAGUCCUUUGGCAUAAGUAGGAAGGCCUCAGCUAUCAAGCUUUCCAGUUCUAGCCAUGACAAACAUUCGACACAUCAUCUAUCACAAUUACCAGAUACCAUGCCCGUGACAGCUUCGAAAGAAAAGAAGAGUGGCUCGGGUUUUCUGAGCUACUUCUUCAGACCAUUCCGAUCACAGAGGUCUUCACCGACUAAGAAGGUUCCUCAUACCACUGCAUUGGAACAGGCUGAAUUUGCACCUGUGCUCAAGAGGGAGAGCAAGUUCGAAUCCGAAGUUCCUGCAUCCAAAGCACCAUCGCUCCCAUCUACUCCCCAUGCCUCACGCUUCUCUCAAGCACUCUUCGUUCCACCUUCAGAAUUAAACACACCUUUACCGCCACCUACAUCACGGAAUUCGACAGACAGUCCUUGCCUUUUUGUCGCUUUCGAACAAGCUAUCAAAUCUGGCGUUCUCACGGCUCCACUGAUACCACCAGAGCUGAUCGUCAAAUAUUCACAAGAGCAUGAUGCUCGCUCGGAACGAAGGAGCAGGUUUGUGCGGAAGGGAUCGCUAUCGAGGUCGCUUGAGGUCGCAUGGGCACAAAAGCUUUUUGUGCUUGCGCCUGGUCUUCUGAUCCAAUACCCUAGUGAAGGGUCUUAUGAUAGGGAGCCAGAGAGGGUUUUAAAACUUCGAGCCGACAGUCUUACCUUUGCUACCGAUAUUUUUGAGGGAAAACAUUUCGUUCUUCAGAUCACAUCUGGAGGUAUGGAAGUCCCUCCACUUACACCCGACGAGCGACGACCGAGUCUCAUCUCGAGAGCCAUGCCAAAGGCCCGAUUUGAUGCUCAUGUCGUCCUCUUAGUCUUUGAUGGCGCAGAAGAAAUGCAGGACUGGUUGGUUAAAAUUCGAAAGGAGAUCUCAAGGCUGGGAGGACCCAGCAUUGAGGAACACCCCCAACCAGCCUCGAAGGCUGGGACCAUUAUGGAAGAAGAGUACUUCCCUUUAAAGACACCUGCGAGCUCAAGGAAGAACUCGACCAGUGGGCGCAGAUCCGACGAAAUUGCUACAUCGGCAUCAACCGCGAUAUCUCGAGACGGUUUGGUGUUGGACAGCCUUCGAACCAACUCCAACAACUCAGUAUCAUCCGAAAGAAGAGGAUCGCAAAUUUCCCUGAACACUAGCCCAGAGAGAUGUCCUGUGCCAGAUGUUUUUGACAAGCGAUUCUCGAUAAUUAGCACUUCGCAUUCGUACUCGUCAACGGACUUACGAGUUAGAUCGAGACCUGUUUCGACAACGCUUGGGACUGAGCACACUGCCUCAGAGCGCCCGCCGUCGCCCACACUCACACAGGUUUCAUCAUCGUCUUUCGCAAGACGUCGCAGCCGUGGGAACCUACCGCCACCAAUUCCAAUUCCUGUUCCCUCUAUUCCUAAACGAUAUUCUUCAGCUGGAUCGUCUGUCGGGGAUCUUCCGUCCCCUGUGGACCUUGCCCACCGACGUGCUAGACGAAAUCGUAAAUCAUCUGCGCCACCUUCGCCAGACCAUGUUCUUCAGCUUCUAUCAACUUCAUUACCUAACCCCAAAUCUCCACCCCCAGUUCCAAUCAAGAAAAGUCGCCCGCGACCGGUUUCACUCGCCGCGGCGCCAGUUACACCACGAAAGGAAAAGUCGCAAAAUCAGAAUCGAAGAUCUGUUGGAAGCCUUUCCUCUUCCGCAUCGGUUCACGGACCUCCUCUUCACCCACCACCAUCCGCCCCGCUUCCAAAAUUACCGGAUGGAUCCAAAGGCAACCUCCCAAAAAUGUCAUUUAUGCUAUCGCCGUAUCAACAAGGCGUCCCACCAGUUCCUCAAAUUCCAAUUCCGAUCCCACACUCACCAUUAGCACUUCAUUCACAAUCUGCGACGGAUGUUCGUCCAGUCGGCAGAAAAAACUCAAUAACUGCUUUGUCACGAGCCUGA